AUGCAGGUGGUGACGGGGGCCAUGGGCGCCCUCAUCCCCAAGCUCUUCCAGCUUCUCAACGAGGAGUACAACCUGCAGAAGGGUGUGAAGCAAGACGUCGAGUUCCUCACCAAAGAGCUUCCGAGCAUGCACGAAGCUCUCCGCAAGGUGGCGGAUGUGCCGCGGGACCAGCUUGACAGGCAGGUGAAGAUCUGGGCCGACGAGGUCAGGGAGCUGUCAUACGUCAUGGAGGAUGUGGUUGACAGCUUCCUGGCAAGUGUCGAGGGCUCCGAGCCCGCCGCCAACUCACAUAAGCUCAAGGAGCUACUGAAGAAGAUGGGGAACCUGGUUCCCAAGGGCAAGGCUCGUCGUAAGAUUGCGAAGAAGAUUAAAGGCAUCAAGAUCCAAGUCAAGGAGGUGGCCGAUAGGCGUGACAGGUACGGGGUCAAUGAUGCGGUUGCUAAUCUAGCUGCAGCCCCAACUCCCGUUGACCCUCGUCUGUUGGCUUUGUUCAAAGAGGAGAAAGAGCUUGUUGGCAUCGAUGCCGCAAAGGACGAGAUAACCAAGAAGCUCACAGAUGGGGAUGGGGACGUGACCAAGCAACAAUUGAAGAUUCUCUCCAUUUUUGGAAUUGGAGGACUUGGCAAAACAACUAUUGCCAAAGUAGUACAUCAGAAGCUUCAAGCAAAAUUCAUGCUCAAGGCUUUUGUUUCGGUGGGUCGCAAGCCCGAUGUGAAGAAAGUUAAUUCUCAGGGACAUUUUUCUUGAGCUUGACAAGGAAGGCUACAGAAAAUCCAAUGCACAAAAGCUGGAUGAAAAGCAGCUCAUAGUAGAACUCCAGGAAUUACUUGAGAAUAAAAGGUACUUUAUUGUUAUUGAUGAUAUAUGGGAUGUAGAAGCAUGGGGAAUAAUCAGUUGUGCCUUGAAGGAUAGUAAUUGUGGAAGUAAAAUAAUCACAACUACUCGUAGUUUCGAAGUCGCCAAAAAGUCCGGUGAGGCUUACCAGCUAAAGCCACUUUCUCCCGGCAACUCUGAAAAUUUGUUGUAUAUGAGAUUAUAUGGUGAUAAAAGCAAAUGCCCUUUUGAUCAUCCGCUUGAGAUGUCUGAAAAAAUGUUACAGAGAUGCGGUGGUGUACCAUUAGCUAUCCUUACAAUGGCUAGUUUGUUAGAUGAUAAAGCGAGAGAGGAUUGGUCUAAGGUCUAUGACUCAAUUGGUUUUGAGCACCGAAAAAACCAAGUGGUAGACAAUACAAGAAAGAUAUUACUAUUUAGCUAUUAUGAUCUACCCUAUUAUCUGAGACCUUGUUUGCUGUAUCUAAGCAUAUAUCCAGAAGACUACACAAUCUACAAAGACACUUUGAUCUGGAAGUGGGUAGGUGAAGGUUUUAUCGAGGAGGAACAGGGGAUAGGGCAAUAUGAGCUUGGAGAGAGAUACUUCAGUGAGUUGGUGAAUAGAAGUAUGAUACAACCCGUCUGGGGCAGUUACGGCUCUUGCUUCCUGAUUGGUUGUCGUGUCCACGAUUUGGUGCUUGAUAUGAUAUGUCUAUUGUCAAAUGAAGAGAAUUUUGUUAGGGUCUGGGAUGUUAAUGAUCAAAGGAUAUCUUACCAAAUUAAUGCUCGUAGGUU